CCAGAUAAAAUGAAGGGACUGAGCGGGCGAGAGGUCAAGAAGGUGCACGUGAUUGCGGUGAUCGCGAACUACAUUAACGCCAGCAAGGUCAAGGGCAAGUUGCCAGAGCUGCCCUUGUAUGCCACCAAGCUGCUUUCACUUCUAUGCGGGAUUCGGCUUGAUUCGGGCUUUGCUGCGACGGGUGCUCGCCCACCCUCGCUCGUUGGCUACCUGGGAACGCAAGCGGAAGCAGUGCGCGAUGCUUACAUGACCAAGUUGAACGACCCCCUCACGAACGAGAACCUUAGGGUGGAAAUUCUGCGACUGGUGGAGAAGGCGCUUCGCCACCAACCUGGCCUCGCGUUGCUGUUCAUCAACAUCGACGCCAACAAGGCCAAGCGAGGCGGCGAAAAGGAUGGCGAAAACGUGCAGGAGUCCCACAGCUGCCUCAAGCUCGUCCGCAAGAUGCUAGCCAACAGUCGGCACAACAUGUCCAGUCUGCCUCGCCUCUUCGCCGAAGUCACAUCCCUCCUGGGGUCGCUCUGGCGGGCCGCGCCAAGCCAUCAGUCCAUCAUCAGAGCGCUCCGAGAGAGUCCGGACUUCUGGAAGCAACUCACCGAGACACUGAGCGUCAGCAUCGAGCGGCACCUCCACGCCUACAACGUGCGCCAAGCUGCCUUGAAUCCAACCAAGGCCGCCAAAUCGCCCAGCGGCAGCGAAAAGGGGAAGGAACGGCUGACUGACGACCUCGAUGACGAACCGGUGACGGUCGAGGAUGUCUGUUAUCAGGUGACCAUCGGUGCCAACGUGCUGCAAAUCCUGGCACAGGAGGUGUUCCAUGUGGACGAUGUCAGCGAUCAGCUCGAUGCCUCGCUGCGCGACCAGCUGAAGCUCCUCGCCUCAAAGGAGAAGCAGGACAAGUGGUUCGGG